CACCCCAGUAUGCUGCCAACUGGUAUGCAGGCUUGACGUACCGCGCUAGGCGCUGUUUCCCGCGCGUUUUCCUACAUUUUCGCGAAAACCACGUACUGACAUAAUCAGUGUCCUUAUGAAGGAAGUAAUUUUAGAUCUACUGUGGGAGCUUUCAAACAGCCGGUGUUUUCAGGAUAACAAUUUUUACCGAAUAAUUGAGCGGUUAACUCAAGAAUGAAACGAAAUGAGUCCGUGAGUAGCGGCAAACGGUUCCGGAGCGAGCAGCGGCCGGCGUUAGCGCUCAGCUUUCGCCAGAAUUCGCUUACGAUCACCACCCUCGCCCAGCAGUCCGCUUAUCUCGCUGAGAAGGCCUACAAGGAUCAAGAAGCUGGGGAUCCAAAUAGUCAACCACCAGCUGUAUCUUGGUUUAGACUAUUUAGGUUCGCAAAACCAUGGGAGUUCAUCCUACUGUUUCUGGGCGUGAUAUUCGCGACGCUGAGCGGCCUGUUCGUGCCGGUCGGCGUCAUCGUGUACGGCGAGUUCACAUCGCUGCUGAUCGACCGCACGGUCAUGAUCGGCACGUCUACACCCACCCUUACAAUCGCGUGGUUCGGCGGCGGAAGGAUUCUUACGAACGCGAGCGCCGAAGAGAACCGCCUGGCGUUGAUCGAGGACUCGCAGGCGUUCGGCAUCGGCUGCACGGUGUUCUCCAUACUGCAGUUCAUCGUGUCGGCCAUCAGCGUCGACCUCUUCAACUACGCGGCACUUAGACAGAUUGAAAGAGUAAAAAAAAGAUUCUUAGAAGCCGUUCUUCGUCAAGACAUUACAUGGUACGACCUCAACACGUCCAUGAACUUUGCGACGAAAGUUUCAGACGACGUAGAGAAAUAUCGGGAAGGUAUCGGCGAGAAGGUACCGAUGUUCGUCUACUUGGUGAUGUCUUUCGUCACCGCGGUGAUCAUAUCGUUCGCGUACGGCUGGGAACUGACGCUGGUCAUCCUGUCGUGUGCGCCCAUCAUUAUAGCCACCACUGCUAUUGUAGCUAAGGUGCAAUCAUCUCUCACCACUCAAGAGCUGAAAGCUUACAGCAUAGCUGGAGUUAUAGCGGAAGAAGUGUUGUCGUCAAUACGAACGGUCGUCGCAUUUGGGGGCGAACAAAAGGAGAUACAAAGAUACCAAAAACGUUUGGAGCCAGCGAAGAAGAUGGGCAUACGAAAGGGUGUGUACUCAGGUCUUGGUAGUGGGAUUAUGUGGCUCAUAAUAUACGCGACAUAUGCGCUUUCCUUCUGGUACGGAGUGGCUCUGAUCCUGGAAAGCAGACAUGAGGACCAACCGGUGUAUACACCUGCCGUACUGAUGAUUGUAUUUUUCAGUGUACUGCAGGGCGCACAAAACGUUGGACUGACGGCGCCUCAUCUCGAAGCGAUGGCGAGCGCCCGCGCCUCCGCUGGGGCGAUAUUUGCCGUUAUUGACAGAAAACCUGCUAUUGACAGUCUCUCCGAGGAAGGCAGCAGACCUAAACUAGACGGGAACAUGGAGUUAAGGGAGGUGUACUUUAGAUAUCCAGCCAGACCAAAGGUUCAGGUUCUAAACGGUCUAUCCCUGACGAUACGUCGCAAUGAGACGGUCGCUCUAGUAGGAGCCAGUGGAAGCGGCAAGUCCACAGUGUUACAAUUGCUCCAGAGAAUGUAUGACCCAGACGUGGGGUCAGUGAUGGCGACGGGGCACGAUCUUAGAGACCUCAACGUGAAUUACUUCAGGAACCAUGUGGCUGUUGUUGGACAAGAGCCAGUUUUGUUCGCUGGCACUAUUAAGGAAAAUAUUCGAAUGAGUAAUCCAAAAUGCACAGAUGAGGACAUUAUAAUGGCGUCCAAACAAGCGUAUUGUCAUACCUUCAUUAAACACUUACCUAAUGGUUACGACACAUUAAUAGGCGAAAGAGGCGCCCAAUUGUCAGGUGGUCAAAAACAACGUAUCGCAAUCGCUCGUGCCUUAGUGCGGAAACCAACGAUCCUCAUCCUGGACGAAGCUACGUCUGCAUUGGACUCGCAGAGUGAAGCCAAGGUGCAACGGGCUUUAGAUGCUGCUGCCGCUGGAAGGACCACCAUUAUGGUGAGCCACAGAUUAGCAACUGUGCUUAAUGCAAACCGAAUCGUCUUCAUUGAGAAAGGUGAAGUCGUAGAAGAUGGUACUCACGAAGAACUGAUGGCUCUCCGAGGACGCUACUACCAACUAGUGCUAGAGAAUGAACCAAGCAUUGCACCUGAUACCCCUAAUCCGCAAAGUUCUGCAAAACCUAACUCUGAUUCCACCACAGAUGCUAAAUUACGAAGACCGAAAUUAGAGAAACUGGUCUCUCUCGAUUCAAUGACGAGUGUCGACAUAGAGGAGGAUGAUGAUAUCUCCGAAGAUGAAUUACAUGUAGAACCGAAAGAAGCAAAGGAAUUUGAACCGACCACUUGGGAGAUUAUGAAGUUGUGCGAACCUGAAAAAUAUUUAAUGGCAAUUGGAAUAAUUGCCGCCGUUGCUGUUGGGUCCUCUUUUCCUUGUUUCGCUAUACUUUUCGGAGAGACAUACGGUUUGUUGGAAAGUAAAGACGACGAUUACGUCCGCAGUGGUACCAACAUCAUCGCUAUUCUUUUUCUAUUGGUUGGCGUAUACACAGGCAUCGGUAUUUUAUUCCAAAUCUAUAUAUUCAAUUUGACUGGCGUCAGACUUACGGCAAGGCUCAGGGUAGCUGCGUUUCGGGCAAUGUUGUCGCAAGAGAUCGGGUGGUUUGAUCACCCUCUAAACGGCGUUGGCUCUCUAUGCGCGCGGCUUGCAGCUGACGCGGCUGGUGUUCAGGGGGCGACUGGUACUAGAAUCGGCGCUCUAAUGCAAGCAGGCGCUACUAUAUCAAUCGGUAUCCUCGUGUCGAUGUAUUUCACGUGGCGCAUGACGCUCGUCUCCCUCAUCUCCGUGCCGAUGGUGAUAAUCGCCGUGGUGCUGGAAGGUCGGGUGCUGGCUGAGGGCAUCACAGCUAUACGGGAAGCUGCCAAUAGAGCCACAACAAUAGCAACGGAAGCUAUCACGAACAUCAGAACUGUGUCUGCCUUUUGUGGAGAAAAAAGCGUCCUCUCUCGUUAUGAUGCGGCGGGAGUGAACGCUCAAGUGGCCGCGCGCAAAAGUCUACGCUGGAGGGGUUGUGUGUUUGCUUUCGGCCAAACCGCACCCGUCGCUGGAUAUGCUCUGUCUCUAUGGUACGGUGGUAUUCUCGUGGCGAACCGGGAAGUGCCGUACAAGGAUGUUAUAAAGGUCUCAGAAGCGUUGAUAUUUGGCGCUUGGAUGAUGGGUCAGGCGCUAGCGUUCGCACCAAACUUCAACGAGGCAGUGAUGGCGGCCGGUCGUGUUAUGACCCUUCUGGAAAGGAAACCCCUCGUACAAAGUACGCACGCGCCUUCUGUGUCGGAGAACUAUAUUGCAGAAGGCAAGAUCCAGUACAAAAACAUCAAGUUCCGCUACCCGACUCGUCGUGAAGUGCAAGUGUUGCGAGGUCUGUCUCUCGCCAUACCGCGAGGCAAGCGCGUGGCGUUGGUGGGUCCCAGCGGAUGCGGGAAAUCCACUCUGAUACAGCUGCUGCAGAGGUUGUAUGACCCUGACGACGGCAAUGUGUACUUGGACGACUACAGCAUAGUAGGUGACAUGCGGCUGUCGACCCUGCGGCGCAACCUCGGCAUCGUCUCGCAGGAGCCGGUGCUGUUCGACCGCACCAUCGCUGAGAACAUCGCGUAUGGUGACAACACACGAGACGUGCCGAUAGAGGAGAUCGUCACUGCGGCCAAGUCUGCUAAUGUGCAUACCUUCAUCGCUGCUUUGCCUGAGGCUUACAACACACGCAUCGGUGCGCGCGCGUCGCAACUGUCCGGCGGACAGAAGCAGCGGAUAGCCAUCGCGCGCGCUCUGGUGAGGAACCCGCGCGUCUUACUGCUCGACGAGGCAACGUCCGCUCUAGACACGCAUAGUGAAAAGGUGGUCCAAGAAGCACUGGACAGGGCGAGCGAAGGCAGAACGUGUCUCAUAAUCGCCCACCGCCUUGCCACCAUCCAGAACGCUGACGUCAUUUGCGUUAUCGACCAAGGCGUCGUCGCUGAAAUGGGCACCCAUAGCGAGCUGAUCGCCCUAAGGAAGAUUUACGCUAAGCUCUACGAACUACAGUGCGGCUUUAUAGAAGAGACCGAGGAGAAUUUGGCUGAAGAACAGAACUCAUAGAGAAAAUGAGAUUAAAAUGUUAUUGAUAUAAUGCAUCCGCUCGGUAGAACGGCUUCAUGUAUUCAUUCUCAGCAGCGCGUGUUGCCACUCCUUGCACCCCUGUCAUGCGUGGCCGAGGACACGGUUAUGCUAGCCACUCACCAUUCGAUAAGCCCACAUGUCUGCAGCGCUAACGGCUUGACGGCCGAUAAAACUGAUCGUGUGUUGGUCGCGAUCGGCAUAAUGUCAUGCACAUCGCGACCAACAUAGGUGCAGUUUUAUAAGAUGUCAAGCCGUUAGCGCUGAAGUCAUGUGGGCAUAACAGAUGGUGAGUGGCUAGCAUAACGAUUUCUCGUUAGUUUGAAUUAAUAGGAUUUAUGAAUUGUACAUACCUGGUAAUUUACGUCAUGAAGUGAUUCUUUUAUAGGUACUAUUAGACCGGUAAUGUACCUAAAAUGUAAGUAUGUACUUAAUUUUGAAGAUGGAUGUUGUAACUAAGUUCUUACGUAAAUAGAAUGAACUUUUAGCGGACAGUUUAUUAAGGCUUUGGCAAAGUGUCAUUAAGUUUAAUUCGUCCAAUGGUUUGGUAUAUUGUAAAUUAUAAUACGAUUAUGAACAUACUUAAAUUGUAAGAUAAAAUGAUAAAAUUGUCAAAAGAAUAUGUAUUAUAUGAUGUGAAAUCUUAGAUCACAUCUUAACUCAGGUCUUGUACAAGUCUAUUUCAAAUAUAACAAAACAUUAGCUGAAGAUCUUUUUAUACCUAUCUAGGUAUGUACUACCUAUAUUCGUCGUUGUAAACUCGGAAAUUGCAACAAUAGUCUUAAGAUUGUAGAUAUAUAAAUAUAAUUAUGCUAUGUUAUUGUAUAGAGAAUUGAACUAGUUAAUAAGUAUUUAGUGCUUUAAAAUUUUAUGCCUGUUAUUAAAUUUAUAGUCAAUUAAAUUAAACGCUUAAGGCAAUGUCACUUAGCCAAAAUAUGUACCUAAGUUAAAUAUAGUGAAUAUUUACUAUAAUGGCGAUGGCUCAUUAGUUCGUUACGUUAUGUCGUCGCAAACUUUUAUAGCGUAUUUAUAACGACCUUCACCGAGCUCUCGUUGAAGGUAGUCUUAGAUCCUCUACUAAUUGUAUGGCGCACUAUAUCGCAAUAACACGCACGCACCCAUCGGACGUCAGUCUCAAAAAUGCAUACAAAAGAAAUGAGCACUGUCCCUCGUCCGUUAAAACGUCGCUUGCGACGACGCUAUAAUGUGGCAUGAAGUAAAGUCGACGCUACGUCAGAACGCAGCGCACUAAUGAGGCGUCGCUUUAACAAAUCCGUUUUCUUUUUCAUGAAAACGCGAUAAUGACGCCAUCUGUCAGGUUCAAUUGUAUUUUGAAACUAAAAAUGGUGAGGCCUUUUUAGAUAUAUUGUCGCUUAGAUAAAUGUUAACUAUAAUGUGCCUUCAUUGAAAUGAUGCUAUGCCUAAUAUAACACAAUAAUUUGCUUUACUUAGAUGUAUAACUGAGACACCCUAUGAAGCCCUUUAUGAUAUCUUAAUAAUGAUCAUCUUAAUAAAAUGAAGCAGGAAAUAAAGUCAAGUGCAGAUGUUAGUGGAAAAUCGAAAUGGUAUAGAGUCGGUAUUCACUUACGCCAAACACAUGAAUGAAAUUUAAAGUGUCUAAACGGCACUCAUAGCGUAUCGCGGAUAUAAUUAUAGUAAAAUCGAAUAGAGUGAUUGAGAAUCAUUGCUGAUAUAGUAUGCGCCAAACUUCGAGUCUUCUCUGGUAUUGCAACACGCCUAACUGCUCGUCCCCCCUAGCCAAGUGGCACGUCGAUUCUCUUUCUACAAUCGCUAACGCUUCGAUAACUGGAGCGAUGUAUGGGAAUGACAUUUGCUGAUCAAGAUGUGUCAUUCCCAUACAUUUUUCUAGUUAUCGAAGCGUUAGCGAUCAUAGGAAGAGAAUCUAGCUUAGUACUUGCCUAGGGGGCAGGGCCAGUACUACACUCUUCGAAAAUUAAAAAUACAUACAAAUGACAUUUGCUAUCGACAAGUCACGUGAUCAAGUAGGUACCUAGGUAUCGAUCGGAUCUGUCAUUCCCAUAUAUUUUGUUUAGUUUUCGAUGCGUUUGCGAUUGUAGAUAGAGAAUCGAGGUGCUACAAGGCUACAGGCCAGGCUAUUAACUGCGCAACCUCACACUUCAUGUUCAAAUCGGACUCGUAAGUUUGGCGCGGACUAUACCUUAAUUUUUAAGCAUUUCUAGCCAAUUGUACUAUAGCCAUUGAUCGUGCUCAAACAAUGUGAUUGUGAUGGUUUUAAACGUAUUUUUUCUAAUAACCAAGACGCGUUUUGCGAAUGUAUUUAACUAGUCGUUAAUUGUAAUUAGUGGGGUACUAUAGAAAUAUAAUGUGGAAUUGAUUACCUAUA